AUGAAGUGUUAUAUCAAAGUGCGUGAUAAACCUAUGCCUAAUAUUAAUUCAAAAGACCCAAAUUUUAACGAAAUUUCUCAAAUUGUCGUAACAAAAGUUCAAAAUAUAUGGAAAAAGGCUUCAAUUCCAGUUGUAACUUUUACUCGUGCUUAUCAAAUGCUAAAAGAAUACCACAAGAAAUAUAUGAACUUGAAAAAAUCCAGUCAUCGAAAAGAUUUAUUCAAACGCAAAGCAGAACUGUUUAUAAGUAACGCAAAAGCGAAGCUUUUUGAUUUAGCCAUCUGUAAAUGUGCUGAUUUUUCUACUUGUCAUUGUGAAAAAAACGAAAAAAUUCCUCAAAUUGAACAAGCUUUUGUAGAAGAUCAGAAAACUGUCAGAAAAAUGAUUAUUGGCAGUAUUGAUCAAAAAACUACGAUCAAAUUAUUGACAAGAGAACAACGGAAGGUAAAAGGAAAAACGGUUCAAGAAACAACACAAAAUUUUAUGUCUCUUGAUUCAAUAGACUAUUACAAUGUUUUGGAAGUUACCCCUGAUCCUGAUGAUGAUGAUUUUGAAAAGAGUCUAUCGACUUACCAAAGAGUUGUUUUAGAAAAAAAAAUGCAGCAUGCAGCAACAACUUCCAACGAAACUAGCAACCUAUCAUAG